AUGGCUUGCUCAACAGUCCGCUCCAUCAUGGUCGACAAGGCCGCCGUCACUCCCAUUGCCACCAUCUCAAGGCUUAUCCCAAAACAGACCACUCAGGCUACAUCUACCGUCCCUCGCCUCCUCAUCCCUACUGCUACUUCUUCUUCAUCAGAUUCGCUCUUCGCCACCACUUCCUCUUCAACUCCACAGCCGGACGAUCUGAGGGCACCACCGGCGUUCAGCAGCGUCCCAGGCACAACUGCCGCCACUACGACAACAACGACAACGACACCUAUCUCUACAAACGCCUCAACAAAGACAACUCCUAUUGCUCCUCGGCCACGGUUUAUUCCUAGAAACAGGAGAUCAUUGACAUCUUCUGGUAGUGAUAGUUCCAAUUGGGCGAUUCUCUUCCCAGGCCAAGGAUCUCAGUUUGUUGGGAUGGGCAAGGACUUGUACGAUACCUACUCUGUUGCACGACAAGUCGUGGACGAGGCCGACGAUGCAUUGGGAGGCACACUGAAACACGUCAUGUUUGAUGGAUCACAGGAGGAUCUCACACGGACAGAGAAUGCGCAACCAGCCAUCCUGACCACAUCAAUUGCAAUGCUAAGAGUCCUCGAAAGCGAACGUGGAUUCAAGAUUGAAGAAAGCUGCAAACAUGCUCUGGGUCACUCAUUGGGAGAAUAUUCUGCCCUUGUUGCCACCAAGGCGGUCACUUUGCAUGACGCUGUCAAACUUGUUCGGCUCCGCGGACAGGCCAUGACAAAGGCGGUGACGAACAAAGGAACGACGGCCAUGUCUGCGUUAGUUGUGCGUGCCGACAAGCUGGAAUCUCUAGUGAUAGCAAUGGAUGAGAUCAAGGCGUCUCUACCGGCUGGCGAGUUGGCCGAGAUUGCCAACAUCAAUAGCUCUUUCCAGGUGGUCAUCAGCGGAACUGUCCGUGGAGUUGACCAUGCGUCCAGGAUGCUUCAGGCAAAGAGGAUUGCUGCCCGUGCUGUGGAUCUUCCUGUCUCGGCGCCUUUCCAUUGUAGUCUGAUGCAGCCGGCGGCGGAUGAGAUGAAGGUCGCUCUCAAGAAUGUGCACUUCAAAAAGCCAGUGAUCAAUGUCAUUUCCAAUGUCACCGCCAAGCCCAUUACGAAGGUGGAGGAUAUCUCGGACCUGUUGGUGCGGCAGGUGACAGGAACUGUUCAGUGGCACACGAGCAUAAAAUGCCUGCGGGACCAGGAGAAUGUGCACGACUAUAUCUCUUUAGGACCAGGCAAGGUCUUGGCCAACCUCCUUCGCAAGGAAUACCCUCUGGACUUUGUCAAGACCGUUACGACUGCCGAUGACAUUCAACAGUGGGCGUUAUAG